AUGUCCCACGACAAGGGGAAAAUGAUGGUCGUUGGAGUGAUGCCAAUGCAAAGUCACAGCGGAAGCAUAACCACCCUGGAAGAUGGUGUCGUCGCUCGAAAUAGCGAGGGUGCUGGCCAGCGCGGGAAUGACUCUUCGGCGGGUGUCGUUACAAGAGGUCGCGGACGUGCGCUCGAUCGUGGGGAAGCGCGAAGCUACACACGGGACGGCAGAAGCAUCAGCAGCAGCACCACGGUGGCCAGCCGUCGGCGCAGCAGUCUCUACUAUCACCACCACCUGAGCAAACAGCAUCCAUACGGCGGCGGCGCAGCUGCUGCAAGACCAUGGCCCUCAACCGUGGAAGUGGAAGCGACGGCGUCUGCUGGUGAAAACAGCGGCAUGCCAGCCGGUGUGGGUGUUAUCGAGAAGCGGACCGAGUUCUGGAUCUCCGAGGAGGAGCUCGACCGGGGUGACUUUGACGACCAAGAGGAAGCAUUUGCCGAAAGUUCCAAGGAAUGCACCGACAACACUGCCGAGAACACCGAGCCGGGCAACGAGAGCAAGGACACCACGCCGCAAGCCUCUGCCGCAUAUCUUUCUCGGGGCCGGACCGUCUCGAACGCAUCUACAGCAACGGCCGUGGACACAAAUAGGGACGCAGAUGCGAGCAGCUCGAGUGGAAGCAGCACUAAUCAUAAUCAUGGGAGCGAAGAUGAUCUAGAGCUCGGACUUCACCCGCCGCCGAGGGCGCAUCUCUCGUGA